CGAGCCGGGCGGCGAGACUACAGCUCCCAGCCCGCUCCGCGGCUCCCAAGGGUGCUGAGCAGGGGCUGCCAUGGCAUGGCGAGCGGCCUCCCCCCGCCUCGGGGCCCACCUGCUGCUGAGCCGCCGCCGGGGGAUCGCCUCCUGCAUUGACCCAUCCGCUGGUCUGACUGAGGAGCAGAAGGAGUUCCAAAAAGUUGCCCUUGAUUUUGCUACCAAGGAGAUGGCUCCUCACAUGGCUGAGUGGGACGAAAAGGAAAUAUUCCCUGUGGAAACAAUGCGGAAGGCAGCCCAGCUAGGAUUUGGUGGAAUCUACGUGAGACCGGACGUGGGUGGCUCUGGAUUGUCACGACUUGAUACCUCUGUAAUCUUCGAAGCUUUAUCAACGGGAUGUACCAGCACCACUGCUUACAUGAGCAUCCACAACAUGUGCGCUUGGAUGAUUGACUCCUUUGGCAAUGAGGAACAGAGGCACAAGUUCUGCCCUUCGCUCUGUAGCAUGGAAAAAUUUGCUUCUUACUGCCUGACAGAGCCAGGAAGUGGAAGUGAUGCAGCCUCCCUGCUGACCUCUGCCAAGAGGAAAGGGGACACCUACGUCCUGAAUGGCUCCAAGGCAUUCAUCAGUGGUGGAGGUGACACCGAUGUCUACGUGGUGAUGUGUCGCACCGGAGGCCCAGGCCCCAAGGGCAUCUCCUGCAUGGUGCUGGAGAAGGGGACACCGGGUCUCAGCUUUGGCAAGAAGGAGAAAAAGGUGGGCUGGAAUUCCCAGCCAACUCGGGCUGUGAUCUUUGAGGACUGCGUUGUUCCUGUUGAAAACCGCCUGGGAGCUGAAGGUCAGGGCUUCAGCAUUGCCAUGAAGGGGCUGAAUGGAGGCAGGAUAAACAUUGCUUCAUGUUCAUUAGGAGCUGCUCAUGCUUCUGUUCUUCUGGCGCAGGAACAUCUCACUGUCCGCAAGCAGUUUGGGGAACCCCUUGCAAACAAUCAGUACCUGCAGUUCAGGCUGGCAGAGAUGGCAACGCGCCUGGUGGCAGCACGGCUGAUGGUACGCAAUGCCGCGCGGGCGCUGCAGGAGGGACGGGAGGAUGCAGCUGUGCUGUGCUCCAUGGCCAAGCUCUUUGCUACUGAUGAAUGCUUUGCGAUCUGCAACCAGGCUCUGCAGAUGCACGGGGGCUACGGCUACCUGAAGGAUUAUGCUGUGCAGCAGUUUGUGCGAGACAUCAGAGUCCACCAGAUCCUGGAAGGUACCAACGAGGUGAUGCGGAUGAUUGUGGCCAGGAAUCUGUUACACGUGUGAAGCCAAGGAGCUAACCUCCAGCCUUCGUGUCCUUCCUCCAUGCCAGCAGGGUCCGUUUCCCUCCCCUGCUCUCUCCUUGGGAGCAGAGAGGGGGAUCGCGGGGUGCCAGCGGUCUGUCUGCCUCGUACAGCGGUCUGUCUGGCACCACAUUAGGACACUGCCCACAGGCUGCCACAGCACCCAGGGUAGCCUGGGGACACAAAUCGCGGCUCUGAGUACGAGCCUCUGUCUGCAAAUCUUGAUUUUUGGAAGAGAAGCACCACCUGCUGCUCCUUUCUGCUGAGCCAGGACAGAAACAAGUCCAGCAAAAUCUUUAUUUGAAGGAACCCAUUGCUCUGCUUAGAAGCCCGUCCUCCUGGACGCUAAACCUCCUCUGGGGACAAGUUCGCUGCAAGCACCGCACCUCAAACCACUGCAGAAAGGGAUCACCUAUUAACUGAGGAGCUUGUUAAUUGAGCCCCGUGUUUAUUUAGAGGCACUCCUCUUCCCCCAGCACCCCUCUCCCGAGGUACGGGCGCUAACCCGGCCCUGCAGCGGUGUGGAGCAGGGAGCGGGGUCCCAGGGGAACCUUGCGCUCUGAGCAGCUCCGAGCAGCUCUCUGCGGUGUCUGUGGGAGUAAAACGUUGGUAAUCCCC